CAAACAUACAAUAAAGCUUUCUGGAUACUGACGAUAGGCCAUCGUUCAAACGUGUACAAAGAUCCCGGGUGGUUUUAUAACCCCGUCUUGUCUCACAUGCAGCUCUGAUCACCAACAAAUAUUCAUCACGGCGCCGUAUGCGAUGUUACAAACUAAGAUUCUCGCCCGGAUCGGAGCUCCGAGGUUGAAUUCGACAUCACCGUUGCUCAAGAUGGCAGCCACAAAAUCAUUUUCUUCUUACCUCGUCACACCCAAGGAGCUCAAUGAAGCUCUGAAGAAGAAUUCACCCACAAAAAUAUCCACCCUACCCCGAACGAUACCCCUCUCGGCGGCAUGGUUCCUCCCAAACGAUGGCCGCAAGGGUAUCGACACCUUCAGAGAGCAGCGCAUUCCUAAUGCACGCUUUUUCGACCUCGACAAGGUCGUAGACCGUCACAGCACAUACCCACAUAUGCUUCCCUCUGCAUCCGAUUUCGCCGCCGCGAUGAGCGAGCUUGGUAUUAACCCGGAUGAUACGGUGGUGGUUUACGAUACGAAGGAACUGGGCAUAUUCAGCGCGCCCCGGGUGGCAUGGACCCUCAAGGUUUUCGGGCAUGGCCAGGUCCACGUUUUAAACAAUUUCAAGCUCUGGGUUGAGGAAGGCUACCCGACCGAGUCCGGAGAGUUCUACAGUGUGGAAUGUUGCGCCUAUCGGAUCCCAAAGCUUAACACGUCCAAGGUCAUUGAGUUUGAGGGGGUAAGGGAAGUUGUCCAAGAUUAUAACAAGGAAGGUGCCGAAGGCAUCCAGAUACUGGACGCCAGACCGUUUGGGCGCUGGUCAGGAAAGGACGCCGAGCCGAGGACUGGACUGUCUUCUGGACAUAUGCCUGGAUCGAUCAGCAUUCCUAUGGGCGACGUUCUUGACCCAACGACGAAGACCUUUUUGCCAAAGGACGAGCUCCGCAAGGUGUUCGAAUCGAAGGGUGUCGACCCGGAGAAGCCGUUGAUUAGUAGCUGUGGGUCUGGUGUCACUGCUGCCAUCAUCGACACUGCUCUCGAGGAGGCUGGUUAUGGCGACGCGGAGAAGCACAAGAUAUAUGACGGAAGCUGGACUGAAUGGGCCCAACGUGUCAAGCCUUCGGAUGGCCUGAUCAACAAGACUGAAAGCAGUUGAUUACUUGAACAUACUCUUGGGAAUUUCGUUUUCUGAAAGCGGUAUUUAUGCGCACUUCUCUUCUCUCAAUCGUUUGGCGUGGAUACCUGGGAUCGUUGAAGCAUGGAGUUAUCUUGGAGGCGGCGGGCGAGCUGAUAUGACAGAUGUUACUUCACUCCAUUCCUCGUUGGUCUUUGGUUGUUUCGUGUCCAUAAUAGCUUUGAAUAUGCACAUCCAUAAUUGUAACGGGAUGAUGGAAACAAUUAGUGAGUAGUAUGAUGAAAUUUUUAUACGCUGAUAAUUGAAUUGAUUGAUUCUCGAAAUUGUUGGCGCAUCUUGUACUCUGCGAGCCCAUUGAUUUAGCCUUACCGAUAAGCCACCCAAGAUAAGAUCCCG